GUCUAAGCGCCAGAACCAGUGGCUGAAAGGAACUGGUCGGGCGCACGCACUGGGCUUGGGCUUCUGACUCUGGAGACGGGGGGAGCUGAGCCGACGCCUCUGGACUCCAAGUGAAAGUCUUCCCUGUGGGCGCCGAGUGUCUGCCCUCCGCGCUUGGAUUCCUCCAGCCCCCAGGGCCGGACCCCCACAGCUGUCCAGGUCCUAGACCCCGGCAGACGCUGAGCCAUGGCCUCCAUGGGGCUGCAGGUGAUGGGGAUCGCGCUGGCCGUGCUGGGCUGGCUGGGCGCCAUCCUGAGCUGCGCGCUGCCCAUGUGGCGCGUGACGGCCUUCAUCGGCAGCAACAUCGUCACGUCCCAGACCAUCUGGGAGGGCCUGUGGAUGAACUGCGUGGUGCAGAGCACCGGCCAGAUGCAGUGCAAGGUGUACGACUCAAUGCUGGCCCUGCCGCAGGACCUGCAGGCGGCCCGGGCCCUCAUGGUCAUCUGCAUCAUCGUGGCUGUGCUGGGCGUGCUGCUGUCCGUGGUGGGUGGCAAGUGCACCAACUGCGUGGAGGACGAGAGCGCCAAGGCCAAGACCAUGAUUGUGGCGGGCGUGGUGUUCCUGCUGGCCGGCCUGCUGGUCAUGGUGCCGGUGUCCUGGACGGCCAACACCAUCAUCCGGGACUUCUACAACCCGCUGGUGGCCUCUGGCCAGAAGCGGGAGAUGGGCGCCUCUCUCUACAUCGGCUGGGCCGCCUCAGGCCUGCUGCUGCUCGGGGGGGCCCUUCUCUGCUGCAACUGCCCACCCCGCACCGACAAGCCCUACUCGGCGAAGUACUCGGCCGCCCGCUCCGCCCCAGCCAGCAACUACGUGUAAGGUGCCGCUACGCAGCUCUGUCCCGCCGGCUUUGUCUCUCCCUGGACCGAAGGCGCAGCCUGUGAGCCCGGGAUGGCCCUGCCACGGGCCGCAGUCUGCCCCGAGCCUGGCAAACGGGGACUGAGCCAGGCCAUUGACCAGCAGCCCUCAGCCCCUUCUGGCCCCCUUGGACACUCACCCGAGGCCCCCCUCUACACCAGCAAGGAUGGAUGGAAAGAGAAUCCUGUGCCUCCCUUUGCUGAAGGGCCCGCGGAUACAGGGGAUGGGCGGAAGUAACUGGGUGUGCUGGGGGAGAGGGGAAGCUGGCUCCUGCUGGUCAGGACAGCUCAGCCCUGAAUUUGCUUGUGCUCUGCCUCCAAGCGGGUGCCCUGCCCAUUCCUGUGUUGGCCAGGAGAACGGCUGGGGCCUCGCUCACGCACCUGACUGGAGCCAGAGUUGACACAGUUGACAGACGGGUUUAGAGGGGAGGGGUGAAGGUGCUACAAACUGGUUUGGGUAGUGGUGGGGAGGAGGCCACAAAAGCUGCCCAGGCAGCCCGCACCCCUUCCUGCCCCCACCCUCAGCCUCAGGGCUCUGCCUCAACAGCCUUGGCAGAAGGACCCCGGGACUCUUGUGACUUGCGACAUCCACCACCCCUGCCAAGGUCACUUGGACAUCCUGGGGACAGCUGGGGGGGUGGUCUCUCUCUGGCCUUCACUCCCAGGGAAGUCCUGGGCCUUUUCCCUGCCUCCUCUGUGGUUUCUGUUUUGUAACUUAAGGAGAUCUGUUUAUCACGGUAAUUACUAUUAUUUUCUACAAUAAAUGGCACCUGU